GAUUGGUCCGGAGAAAUUUCCCGUCCAAGAUUCAAAUCGUGGCGCGUGAACUUUUCUUCUGCUUCCAGCAGAAAGAGGCUGGUUGGGUGCUGCGUUAACAAGCGGCUGCGCAUAGUAGGGGGACCUUGAGCUUGGUUUCCCUGCGCAGAUCGUCAUGGCUUUCCAGCCGAGUUCCGUUGGAAAAAAGAAGGAUGAGAAAGGAAAGAACAUUCAAGUGGUGGUGAGAUGCAGACCAUUUAAUUUGUCAGAACGAAAAGCAAAUGCCCAUUCUGUGGUGGAUUGUGAUUCUAUUAGAAAAGAAAUCAGUGUCCGUACUGGAGGAAUGACUGACAAGACUACAAGAAAAACCUAUACUUUUGAUAUGGUUUUUGGAGCAUCCACAAAACAAAUUGAUGUUUACCGAAGUGUUGUAUGUCCAAUUUUAGAUGAAGUUAUCAUGGGAUACAAUUGCACUGUUUUUGCAUAUGGCCAAACUGGCACUGGAAAAACUUUUACAAUGGAAGGAGAAAGGUCACCCAAUGAAGAAUAUACUUGGGAAGAGGAUCCUUUAGCUGGCAUAAUUCCACGCACACUACAUCAGAUAUUUGAGAAACUUACUGAAAAUGGAACAGAAUUCUCAGUCAAAGUGUCAUUGCUAGAAAUUUAUAAUGAAGAACUCUUUGAUCUACUUAAUCCAACUACCGAUGCUUCUGAGAGACUACAAAUGUUUGAUGAUCCUCGUAACAAGAGAGGAGUAAUCAUCAAGGGUCUGGAAGAAGUUACAGUUCACAACAAGGAUGAAGUCUAUCAGAUUUUGGAGAGGGGAGCAGCAAAAAGGACAACGGCAGCAACGUUAAUGAAUGCAUAUUCUAGCCGGUCCCACUCUGUAUUUUCUGUUACAAUACAUAUGAAAGAAACGACAGUUGAUGGAGAGGAACUUGUUAAAAUUGGAAAGUUGAAUUUGGUUGAUCUUGCAGGAAGUGAAAAUAUUGGUCGUUCUGGGGCAGUUGACAGAAGAGCUCGGGAAGCUGGAAAUAUUAAUCAAUCUCUUUUAACUCUAGGAAGGGUUAUUACUUCCCUUGUUGAAAGAGCACCACAUAUUCCUUAUCGAGAAUCCAAACUAACUAGAAUUCUACAAGAUUCUCUUGGGGGGCGUACAAAAACAUCUAUAAUUGCCACAGUUUCCCCUGCAUCAGUCAAUCUGGAGGAAACAUUGAGUACUUUGGAAUAUGCUCAUAGAGCAAAGAAUAUAAUGAAUAAACCUGAAGUUAACCAGAAGCUGACCAAAAGAGCUCUUAUUAAGGAGUAUACAGAAGAGAUAGAGCGGUUGAAACGAGAUCUAGCUGCAGCCCGAGAGAAAAAUGGAGUAUACAUUUCCAAUGAAAACUACCAGGCUAUGAAUGGCAAAUUAAUUUUUCAAGAGGAGCAGAUUGCAGAAUACAUUGAAAAAAUUAAUAUUUUAGAAGAAGAGCUUAAUAGGGUCACAGAAUUGUUUGUGGAUAAAAAAAAUGAACUUGAACAAUGUAAAUCUGACCUGCAUUGUAAGGAGAAAGCACUUGAAGACACUCAAAAAAAUUUACAAGAAACCAAAUUACAACUUGUUGAAGAAGAAUAUGUCACAUCAGUUUUGGAAAUCACUGAGGAGAAACUUCAUGAUACUGCCAGCCAGUUACUUAGUACUGUUGAAGAGACUACAAAAGAUGUAUUUGGUCUACAUUCAAAGCUGGAUCGUAAAAAAGCAGUUGAUAAGCAUAAUGCUGAAGCCCAGGAGAUGUUUGGCAAAGACCUGAAUAACUUAUUUAAAAAAAUGGAAUUCUUGAUAAAGGAUGGCACCAAAAAACAAAAAGCCAUGUUAGACUCAUAUAAUACUUUAUUUGGUCGUCUGUUAUCUACUAGCUCCUCUGCGCUAGACAGUAUUACAACAACUGCACUUGGAUCUCUAACCUCAGUCUUAGAAAAAGUAUCUACCAAUGUUUCUCAAAUUUCAAAUGUAAUGUUAAAAGAAGAAUCCAUAACAACUGAAAGUAAAACUGUCCUUCAGAAAUUGUUGGAAGAACAUAAAACUCAGCUUGAUAAAUCACUGGAAAUGACUCUUUCCCCUGUGGUGGCAUCUCUAUUGGAACUCAAUUGUCACAUGAAUUGUAAAUUCAAGAUUUUCCUGUCAGUAGCCGAUAAGAUAGAAGAUCAGAAAAAGGAAAUGGAUGAUUUUCUCAGCAUACUCUGUAAACAACUACAUGAACUACAGGAAAAUACUGUUGCUUCCUUGACUGAAUCUCAGAAGCAUUGUGAAACCUUAACGAAUGAACUGAAGACACUGAAGCAAACCCAAUCACAGGAACUUUGCCAGUUAAUGAAUCUUUGGGCACAAAGAUUCUGUACCUUGGAGGAGACAUGUGAAAAUAUCAAGAAGCCACUCAGAAAUAUUCAAGAAAAUACACAACAGCAUUCCAAGGACAUCAUAAACAAUACAGCUUCUCACAACAAAAAAUUCCUUACUGUUUCUGAUGAUCUAUCACAAGAGCUCAGAUAUUUUAACCAUCAAAGUGCUGAGUUGUUUGAAGAGUCUAUUAAACAUUGUGAAAAGCUCAGUUGUAGCAUUAAAACAGUGUCUCAAGAGAGCCAUCGGUGGUGUGAUGAAAUGAAUACAAAUACUGUCCAUUUUUCAGAUCAGUGGAUAUCUGGCUUGCAUAAAAGGAAAGAAGAACUUGACAAUUUACUAAAGGUUGUAAAGCAAGAUUGUGUUAUAUCCAAUUCAGAGAUCAUGGAAAAAGUCAAUGGACAAAAAGCAGUACAAGACAGCCAGCUAACCUCCUUUCAUGAUGAGAUAACUAAUGACAAGGAAAAACUAUUGGAACAGAGUCAAGAACUUAAUGAUAUCAUGAAAAGUGGCUGGAAUAAACUUAAUUGUUUCUUGCAGCAGGACCUGAAACUAGAUAUUCCAACAGGUACAACCCCACAAAGGAAAACAUAUUCAUACCCAUCCACACUGCUGAGAAGUGAACCUCGGGAGCAACUCCUUAAUCAGCUAAGACUGAAACAAUCUGAGCUACUAACGCCAGUAAUUAACAAAGCAGAAGACCCUAGUCAGGACUUAGAUGAAGAGAAGCCCAUUCUGGAGUUCACUGAUGAAAAUAUAAGUGAAGAACCAAGAGUGGACAGUAGCGUGUAUGAUUCUGUAAAUGGCGGCAUCCCUUUUUUCCAGCAUAAAAAGUCCUCCAGAAAGGAUAAAGAAAACAGAGCUGUAAACAUUGUGGAAAAGUCAAAAGUGGAAGAAAUUCUGGAACAUUCUACGGUUAAAUCUAAACUACCUUUAAGAGCCCAGAUAAAUAACUAGCUUUUAAAAAAAUUUCUUUCUUUUGUAACUCCUGGUCUGGUUGUUGUUUAGGAAUUAGACAAAUUAGAUUAUAUUGAGAGGUUUUUAAAAUUUACUUAGUUAAUAGAUUUGGUCAUUUAUUGUCAGAUAUUUCAUUUGAUGCUUACUAAUUUGAAUUUCAAAUGAGUGAUUUGGGGUUUGCAUUAAAUAAAAUUGCAUUUCUACCUUUUGUAUAAGGCAGCCCAACAAAUGAAAAAAGUCAAAGUAGUUAUUUUCUUAGAGCCUGCAUUAUACUUUUGUUCACCCGAAACAAAUAUAAGACUGCAUUGUUCUUCUAGGCUUGAACUCAUAUUGGAAAAUAUCAACAGCAAUUGUUCCUAGAAUAAGGAUGCCCCCUAUGGGGACACUCUUUUUGCUUUUUUUUUUUUUGGUGUGUGUGUAAAUUAUGUCUAGAUUCCCCUCUGCCUCUCCCCCCCCCCCCCCCCCCACCUCCCUUCAUCUUGCUGACUCACUUUGUAGGAUAAUAAUAAAACACGUCCUAUUGUCUUUUAGAUGAAUAGGUAAUACUCUACUUCUAGGUAUGAGAUAUUUGGAUACCUCUAAUCCUUUAUAUUGAGUGUGUCUGAAGUAAUUAUCUAUAGAAAAAGAAACGAGAAAAUGAUUCAGAGGAAAUAGGGAUAUCAAAGUGUGCUCAUUGCAGGAGGCCUAUGGGAGGUGGCUCUAUUGUGAAACAUUUCUUCCAUAAGUAUACAUUUGUUUUUUGUGCCUUCUGAUAAAAAGAGGCAUUGUAGUGUAGUGGAUAGAGAGCUUGCCUCUGAGCCAGUAAAACCUGGGUUCAAAUCCUGUCUCUGACAGAUACUGGCUGUAUUCCCUGGGAAAGUCACUUAAUCUCUCAGUGAAACUCUCCAAGGCUCUCCAUUUUAGAGAAGGUGCUAUCCUACAUUGGUAAAGGGAGUAUCCUAUACCAGAGGGGUCAUAGUCCUUUUCUACUGUCUGAAAAACAGGAACUGAAUUAUUGCCCUGCUAUAGGAGUACUUGCUUUAUCUCCCUCUGAGAUUGGAAGGGAGAAUGCACAGGAAUAAGCAGGAGAUGUUAGGGUCAGGGAGAAGAAAGAGCUAGCAUACAUUUCUCCUUUCCUGUUUUCUAAAGCCAUUCCCUUGUUUCUCCCAAAGUUUGGAAUAGUAUUGGAUCACAGUGUAUGACCUAUACAGUCUUAACACUUGUGUAUAUAUUUCAUGUGCUUGUGUGUGAUUAUUAUCUAUCUAGAGAGAUAAUAAUUUUGAAGAUUCCUGUGGAGAAGCUUCCAUAGGCAGUGAAUCUGGUUGAUAAAUCACAAUGUUCUUUGCCCUACCAUAUUUGCUAUUCAUUUUAUCAAUUGAAUAUUAAAUUACCACAAAUUUCAAGA